AUGUCCUUCCUCCUGAAUCUUGUUCAAAUUUCUUUAUGGAAAUGCGACGGAUGGAAACAUCUUCCAAAAUUGGAGCAGCUUCCUUGUCUCAAAAGCCUCUCUCUCUUUGGCUUAGAAUCGGUAGAGUACAUAGAUGACAACAGUUGUGGCGGUGUUAAUGAUGAGUCCUCCUCUUUUUCUCCAUCUUCUUCGAGAGACCCAACAACAACAACAGCAACGUUCUUUCCAUCACUGGAAAAUCUCUGUAUCAGGGAAAUGCCAAAUUUGAAGGGUUGGUGGAGGAGUAAAUUAGGAGAAGAUGAAAAACAAUCAACAGCAAACAAUCAAGAAGAGCAGCAGCUAUUAUCACACCCAACAUUUCCUUGUCUUGUUGAAUCAAAGAUCUACGACUGCCCUCAGCUAACAUCAAUGCCUCUGCAACCAACUGUUGUAAAACUAGAAUUUGGGAGAGUCGGCGGGAAGGUAGUACAAGAGCAGUUACUGACGAUGGCAAAGGAAACACCAACUACUGUUGCAACCUCAUCUUCUUCACUCGUUCCUCUUUCCAACUUAGAGGAACUGCAUAUAUGGGACAUUGAGGAUCUAGUUACUCUGCCGGAGGAGGCAUUCCCACUUCUCACUUCUCUACUAAAACUAAAGAUUGAAGGGUGUCCAAAACUAACCUCUCUGUCCAGAGGGAUGAGGCAUCUCACCGCCCUCAUGUCCCUGGAGAUCCUGUCCUGCCAAGAGUUGGAUUUGUCAGAUGAUGGCAUGCAUUUUCAAGGCCUUGGCAACCUAACUUCUCUGGAAAUCACCAAAAUCCCCAAGUUGGAGUCUAUUCCUGCGGGGCUUCAACACGUUACCACUCUCCAAUCUCUAUCCAUUGAAAUUCCUAAAAAUUUGGAAAGUUUACCAGAGUGGAUAGGCAACCUCACAUCACUUCAAAAACUCUAUAUUUAUUCUUGCCCGAGUUUGAAGUCACUGCCCGAAGGAAUGCGUCGGCUCACCGCAUUACAACGACUCAUAAUCCGAAGUUGUUCACAGGAGCUAAAUGAUAGAUGCCAAAAGGAAACCGGUGAAGAUUGGCCUAAGAUUGCUCACAUCCCCGAUGUUCAAAUAACUAAUAGAAGGUAUCCUUCUUAA